GAACGGUCGUCGCGCACCCGCAACAACUCCGUUCAACGAACCGUUCGUCGCUCACACCCGCAUGUACAGCUGCUCGACAGCAUGUUUCCUCAUGGUUUUGGGUCAUUUUGCUUGUAAAUAUGUAAGUUCGAACAAGCUGCAGCGUUGCAAAGCGAUCGCUCACCGAACCGAGCAAAACAGCCCCAAAACAGCCCAAAAUGGCUCCGUUUUCGCGUGCCGCGGGAGGUGAGCGGAGUGCUGCCUCCGCUCACCAAAAUGUCAGCCAUCUCAGCACCCAGGAACCCCCCGGGUGGCACAUGGCUGGAUGGGGCUUCGGUUAUAUACCGGGUGUUGAACACUCUUUCGCAAGUUCGCACGUGACCUUUACGGGAACUUGGUUUUGCGCCCGGGACCAGGUGAGCGGCUGUUUGUGGGCUUGCAGCUGUUCGUUCAUCCUUGAAAGCCUUGUUUUUCUUCCUCUCCCUCUUUUCUCUUGUGCACACAGGGUGUUCGUCGAAUUGCUUGUAAAGCUUUCCUUUUCGCAAGACUUCGGGACUUGUCCGUUGCUCGUUCUUUCGAUCUAACUUUCUUUCUCUUUUACAGGUCCUUCGGGACCUGCGAGAGGUUACAAAGUGGCUGAUCCUUGUGGAGCAAGAUCGUAAGGGCGAAGCGCGACUUAGGCAACGCAAGCUAAGUUCGCGUCUUUGCGACGAGGGUGACUCGCGACUUAGGCAACCCAAGCUAAGUUCGCGUCUUUGGCCGCAAGGGUGCAUCACGCCUUAGGCAAUUCCAGCUAAGGUCGUGACAUUGUGGUAAAUAUUAGCUCAGGUGAAAUGUAAAUCCAAGGAACCAGCGGUUGGGUCGCGGCCUGACUCGACCCAUUCCCCAAGAGCCCAUGGUCGAGUCAGAGCCUGACUCGACCCAUUGAGCGUAAGGGAACAACAAUUCUUUAAAUAUGCACUAUAAUUUAUUAUUUCAUUAAUUCUACUUGUUCAUGCAAUUUAUGUUCAUAAUUAAGAUAGAGUCAAUGGAGUUGCACAUCCGAUGUGAUUGGCACUACCGCCAAAUUACGUUGGUGAAUGAAUUGGAUUUGACGAACAUGGGUGACUCUCUUUGCAAUGCAAUAAAAUUGGUAGAUAUUUCUUAUAUCACGACACAUUAUUGCACGAAAAGUAAGUAAUUGGGGAAAAGAAAAAGGAGGGGGAAUUUGUUCGGGCAAACACCUAAACAUCACCCAUCACAAUGAUUCGAAGCAUGGCCUCAUUCAUUUGGUGAUGAUGACAAGGGCUUCUUCCUCGGAUUCUUGCAAUGUAUCGGGUAUAAGUGGAGAUAUAUUAUUAUCUGAAAAGCCUAAUACAUAAAAUAAAAUAUUCCAUGAUAAUUAGAAUUCUUUGUGGAAAUCUAAUAAUUAUUCGCUACCAUAGUUAGGUGGAAGUUCUUUCUAAUUAAAACCUCCCCGGGAGACCAUUAAAAAACAUAAUACUUAAAAAAAUCAUAAUCAAAAUCUUAGAAUAUCUCAAAGAAAUUUCUUCCAAUUUAAUCUAUAUAUAUAUGUUUUUUGUUGAUAAGGGGUCCUAAAGGUUUUGUUGAUAAUUAAAAUAAAUAAUAUUUUCGAGGAACACACAAAAAAACCCAAAAAAAUGACACCCCAAAAGGGAUUUGAAAAAAAAAAGUAUUUAAAUACUAUUUUAAGUGGGAUAAAGAUGACGGAGGGCGGAUCUGUGUGCCCCGAAGCCACGUGGUCCUUAGGAGACACCAAUACGGCUCCCCAACGGGCCCCGCGGCCCAAAGCGACAAACCCCGGUUUCUGCCACCCCUCGAUCCGAUUCCCGGUUCGCGUCGCCUCUUUCCGUUUCCCACGGGGCUCGGCGGACGGCGGUGGCACACGAGGACAAUAGGCGACUGCGACCUCCAGCUGUCACCUCCCCACUGUAACCUUCUGCUGAGCCGGCGAUCCUUACUUUUAGGACGAAAAUACCCUCCGCAUUACAUAUACGCGGUCGUUUUUACCUGAGCUUUAGGAAGGGUUACACCGUAAUUUCAUAACAGUGCAAGGGUGAUUUGGUGCGUUGUCCUUGUAUAUUUCCCUGGCAAGCACAUGGCUCCGCUCUCCUCUUUGUUUUCGUGCAUACUAUACAUUGGUGAUCGUAGGCAUAGAAGAAAGGCAGAGGAGCGGAGUGGAGAGGAAGACGCAAGUUUCAUAGUGUUUGCGAUUUGAGCUAACAGGAGAGCAAGAGGAAGAGAGCAGAGAUGGUGAAUUACUGGAAGUCUAAAGUCCUUCCGACGAUCAAGAAGGUGUUUGACAGGAACGGCAAGAAGGCUGCCGCCGCCGAGGCAUGCAAGUCCUUCGACGAAUCGAAGGAGGACAUCAGCAAGGAGUUCGAAGAGAAGAAGACUGACCUGCAGCCCAAAGUUGUGGAGAUCUACGAAGCUUCUGCCGUUGAAAUCAAGACUCUGGUGAAGAAACCGACGGGGUCAGGACUGAAGAAGAAAUCAACUGUUGUGAUCAAGUUCAUCGAGGAACUAGUGAAGAUCGAGUUCCCUGGCUCGAAGCCGGUGAGCGAGGCUGCCGCCAAGUACGGCCCCGGCCUCGUCUCCGGUCCCGUGAUCUUCCUCUUCGAGCAGGUGUCCACCUUACUCCCCGCAGAGGAGCCGCCUGCUCCCGCCGAACCGGCCGUCGAGAGCACCAGCAAGGAUAUUACACCGGAAACCGCGGAGGAGAUCAAGAAGGAAGAGGCUGAGGCGGAGGUGGAAGAGGCACCUGCCCCGGCCGACCCGGCUCCCUCGGACCCCUCCCCGGAGACGGAGAAACCGGCCGAGCCAGCGGCUGAACCCGCCAAGGCUUGAUAUAAACCACCAGCCUCCCGAACCGAUCAUUCCACCGCCACCUCGCCACCACCGCGCACCCAGUGUUUCCAUGAUUUAUUAUUCUUUCUCUUGUCUCUUCGUCAAUUUGCUUCUCUUUCUCCUGUACGUAACUAUGUCUUGGUUUCUCUCAUUUUGCUUUCGGCAAGGGGACAUGCAGGCCAUGUAAUAUCAUUAUUAAGUGCAGUGUGGUGUUAUGUUA